GCUUCUCUCGCCGAGCUCUUUGGCGACGAGGAGACGGCAACCAAGUGCCGCAAGCAGCUGGGGGGCCUGAGACGCGAGCCCAUGUCCGCGCAGGAGCGCGCGCAGCCCUGUCACGAGCGGGUCCAGCAGCUAGACGGGAUGCUAUGUGCGGAGCUUGAGAGGCUGGAGCAGCAUCAGAGUUGGGUGGUCACCCGGUCGCGAGCUGUGCAGCACAUCCAAGGUUCCCUAUUGGAAGCCGGCGCCGAGUAUGCCGUGGCGGUCGCUUCGCUGGCAAUUUCAGUCAAGAAUUCGAGCGACACCGCGGGCAUGCCCGAGGAGGUGCUGCUCGCUUCGGUGGUUGAUGGUAAGUGCGACGUCGGGAGCCUCAUCGACUUCGAGUGCUCCUUCAAUGUUGGCGACGAGCUGGAGCUGUCCAAGGGGGGCAUCUCCGAGAUGGGGGCGCGUGCGGGGCAGCUUCGCGCUCAGAUGCAGGCAGCCUCGAAGGGCGUCUUCCAGUCCUCGAUGGAGAAGGUGCGCCAGGUGGAGAUCCAGGAGGUCAAGCAGCUGCCGCGGCUGCGAGGCCAGAG